AUGGCAUUCGCUAUGAAAUCAUUAGAUGAACUAGAAAGAGAGAUAAAUUCUCUUUGCGACUAAGCUGAUGGAAUUAUGAAAUUUUAAGACCUAUAAAUGAAUAUUUUUUCUAGCAUAUUUAGUUAAGAACAAGUUCAUUAGCAAGUCAAAUCUACUCCAAUAAAAUAUAAAGAAUAACAAUAAAUUUUAAGCAACUUAAGCACAGAAGCAUCAGUAAAAAGCUUUCUUUAACCUUAACUCGUAAACACUGUAAAUAAAUUUGAUAAUACUGGUCAUAAAUGA